AACAAGAGAAGUCACGUGCACACUGAAAAAUGGCUGACAACUACCAUGCUUAAUGCACGUCUCAAAAACUUUGAAAAACAGAAGCAAAAUGGAGUUAUCUGUGGAUGAGGAGGAUGGAACUUUCACCAACAUUUCUUUGGCAGAUGAUUCAGAGCAUCUUACAGGAAGACUCUCUUCAAAAGAGGAAAGGGCCCAUUCUGCAAUGAUGAAUGCUGACAUGGAUGCUGUUGAGGCUGAGAAUCAGGUGGAAUUAGAAGAGAAAACACGGCUUAUUAAUCAAGUUUUGGAACUACAGCACACACUUGAAGAUCUCUCAGCACGAGUAGAUGCUGUUAAGGAAGAAAACUUGAAACUGAAAUCAGAAAACCAAGUUCUUGGACAGUAUAUAGAAAAUCUGAUGUCAGCCUCUAGUGUUUUCCAAACAACUGACACAAAAAGCAAAAGGAAGUAAGGGCUGACUCACAGAUGAUGUCAUUGUAUUGCUGCUGUCUUUUUUUUGUUGUUUUAAUUAGCAUAGGCUACAUGAGCUAAAAAUAUUUUAGUUUGUGGCUUUACUGGAUACCUGAAGAUUAUAAGCUUUGUUGAUAAACAGAAUUAAGAACAUUAUCAUGAACAGGAGACAUAAGUUUGUGUAUUUUUAAGAUUAAGCAAUGUGCAAAUGAAGUGUAGAGACUUACUAAACUUUCAUAUUUAUUUUAAAAAUGAUCAUAUCUUGUUAAAAAUUGAAUUCAGUUUGUCAGUUUAAGCAAAUGACUGUUGGCACUCUGAGGUCUUAGUGUAGUGUUCUUGACUAGCAAAAUAAUACAGUUACAAUAUUGUGUUGAAACUUUGAUAAAAACGUGCAAAAUCUUACUGCAUAGAAUCAUAGAAUAGUUUGCGUUGGAAUCACAUUUUUCACUGCAAAUAUAUUCUUGUUACUAAAUAGUACUGUCCAUAGCUCUGCAAAGCAACUUUGAACAAAAACAUAUAAAUCAAUUAAGAAUUUCUAUGAAGUAAUAAAAGUAUGGCAUUAUUUGCAGGGCUUGUGUACUGAAAAAUACCUAAGAUUUUUUGGGAAGGGAGAGAGUGGCUUGCAUCAGGGAAAUACCAAAUUGAUGCAGUAUCGGAGUGUUUAUAGUUUGUAAGAUGAACACUUCAGACCAUUUUCACUUUCCCGUUUUCUCAAAGAAUAAUCAGGCACAGCAUUAUAUAUAUUUAUAUAAAUAUAUAUGUAUAUGAUCUGCUUGAAGUUUUUCAGUUGUGUGAUGAAGAUUUAAGUAAAAACACGAGUAACAAGCUUUACAGAAACAGGUCAGCAACGUUCCUCAUGCUCAUGGUGAACAAUCUGAAGCGAGGAACUGAGAAUGAAGUGCCAAACUUGUCUUUGCUUCAGGCCUUAGAGAAACUGUUUUCCUGCCCAGAGCCUGAGCCUGUGAAUUGCCUCUUGCAGCAUUGCACAACAACAUCCAAUGCAGAAGACUCCACUGGAACAAGGGUGGCUUUUGCCUCUCAAGUCUGUGCUGCUCUGAGCAGUGCCUUGUGUCAAGGUUUUUUACUGGCUUGGCUGUUUGUUAGCAGGUUUUGUAAAGCAACUCAGCCCAGGUUAUGGGUUUGAGUACCUCCCAUAGAGGCAGCAUGUCCAGCAUGGUCAGUAUUAAGGAAGAGCAGAAGUUAAGAUAUGAACAAUGAUGGAAGUUUUAGCAGUACUCAGCUGAAUGUUUCAUCUUGCCAUAUAGCAGCAUUGCGGACUUAUUUAUGGAUCUUACCUAGAACUGAGGUCUUUUCCUUCCAUAAUGAAGCCAUUGUACUUUACCUUUUAACAAAAAAAAAAAUCAUUAGUUCAAGGGUCUCCUUAAACCUUGCUGUGAUGAUUCUGUAAAAUACAGCUGCAGGAAAUGGAUGAGUGGAUGUUAUAGUAGAAUAAAUCCCUCUCAAAUCCCAAGUUCCUUGGCAGCUAAGCACUGCUGUGUCUCAACUGCAAGAUGACAUUGUGAGGUUCCCCCCUCCCAAAGGAGAGGUCUCCCAUUUCUCCCCAUUAUAGAAUAACUGCACAGCACUCCCUGGAACGUCAGCAAUCAAAUGAUUGCAAACAAAGCACUAAUAGUUAGGUCUUGAGGGCUGUUUAAAACUCUGAGUCAAAAAACCUGAUCAUGAUAAAGUUUCACCCACCAAGUCAAAAAUGGCUGAUAUCAUGUGUGUCAUGGGGUCCUGUAAACAUGCAGAAUUAUUUUUAAUCUUUUAUGGAUUACUCUCUCACUUCACUGCUAUCUGGAACUCUAAAUACAUCCAAGAAUUGCUAGCAGGUAGAGUAAAUCACGUGAUUAGUCCAGGGUUUGAGCACUAAAAAAAAAAAUAAAUAAAAGAACCACUACACCAAGCACUUACUUCUAAAGCUUGCGUUACAUGACAGCCAUCCUAGCUUUAGGGCCGUGUCACUGCACAUCUCCAUCUGCACUGUAGGAGAUCAAGUGGUAACAGAGCAUGCGCUUGUUAGACUUCAGCAAUUUCCUGAGAUCAAGUAAUCUUAAAGUCAUGGGGUUUGUAUUGUAAGACUGGAUAGUGAUAUUUUAUCCAUUGGUGUGUAGAGAAGUCGUUUCAUGUAUAUACCAUUUUACAUCCCACUACUGUGGCCUACAUUUAACUUAUGAACAUUAACAACAUGUUGUAUUUCUGACUUUACACUAAAUAAAAACUUUUUAUUUGUC